CCCUUCUGCAUCGACUCGGAGAGAAAAUGUCUCACCGCAAGUUUUCAGCUCCCAGGCAUGGAUCUUUGGGCUUUCUGCCCCGCAAGCGCAGCCGUCGCCAUCGUGGCAAGGUGAAGAGCUUUCCUAAAGAUGACCCCAGCAAGCCCAUUCACCUCACUGCAUUUCUUGGGUACAAGGCUGGCAUGACUCACAUUGUCCGUGAAGUUGACAGGCCUGGAUCCAAGGUGAACAAGAAAGAAGUUGUUGAAGCAGUUACUGUGGUGGAAACCCCUCCCAUGGUGAUAGUUGGAAUCGUGGGCUACGUGCAAACUCCUCGUGGCCUUCGCACCUUCAAGACCAUAUUUGCUGAGCACAUCAGUGAUGAAUGCAAACGUCGUUUCUACAAGAACUGGCAUAAGUCCAAAAAGAAGGCCUUUACCAAGUAUUGCAAGAAGUGGCAGGAUGACGAAGGCAAGAAGCAGCUGGAAAAGGAUUUCAACAGUAUGAAGAAGUACUGCCAGGUUAUCAGGGUCAUAGGCCACACUCAGAUGCGCUUGCUUCCACUCCGUCAAAAGAAGUCUCACCUGAUGGAGAUCCAAGUGAAUGGUGGCACUGUGGCUGAGAAGGUAGAUUGGGCCCGUGCAAAGCUGGAGCAGCAAGUGCCUGUGUCAACUGUUUUUGGCCAGGAUGAAAUGAUAGAUGUCAUUGGUGUCACCAAGGGCAAGGGCUACAAAGGAGUUACUAGUCGAUGGCACACCAAAAAACUGCCCCGCAAGACUCAUAGAGGUCUGCGCAAAGUCGCCUGCAUUGGUGCCUGGCAUCCUGCUCGUGUGGCCUUUUCUGUUGCCCGAGCUGGUCAGAAGGGCUACCAUCACCGCACUGAGAUCAAUAAGAAGAUCUACAAGAUUGGCCAAGGUUACCAAAUCAAGGACGGCAAGUUGAUCAAAAACAAUGCUUCGACUGAGUACGAUCAGUCUGAUAAGAGCAUUAACCCUCUGGGUGGGUUUGUUCAUUAUGGUGAAGUGACCAAUGACUUUAUCAUGUUGAAAGGCUGCGUUGUUGGGACCAAGAAGAGAGUUCUCACUCUGCGCAAGUCCUUGCUGGUGCAGACCAAACGUCGGGCUUUGGAAAAGAUUGCCCUGAAAUUUAUCGACACCACUUCCAAAUUUGGCCACGGCCGCUUCCAGACAGCAGAAGAGAAAAAGGCUUUCAUGGGACCACUCAAGAAAGACCGUAUUGCAAAAGAGGAGACGGCUUAGUGUCUGGAAUGUUGUGGUUCUCGCCUGUAGUCUAAAAUAAAGCUACAAAUAUCAAAUACCA